CAGACGCUUGCGUUUUAACUAACAUGUACAAUGUAACCUGCCUAGCGGUCACCUUCAGCAAGCGGUAACCGGGUUUAAGCGGUCAGUGUAUAUUCUUAGCCAUUGUAUCACAUUCAUGAUUAACGCUCACCUGCAGCCCGCGGUAAAUGUUAAGGUAGUGAUAACACGCGGUUAUGAAAACAAUGGUUACUUGGCAUUUUAACUAAGUAUUUAAGUGUUAACAUCGUGUCUAAUGCAAACGAGUUAAUGGAUACCGAAUGCACAAUGAGUUCUAAACGUAAGUUUCUCACAUUAGAGGAACGAGUCAAGUGUCUGAAACUGUUUGAGUCUGGUAAAAGUUCGCGUGUUAUUGCUAGUGAAUUACAUGUUGGGCGUACACAAGUGCUGAAUGUGCUGAAACGUAAGCGUGAAAUAAUGGAGGAAUUCGAGUCUAAUGGAGAUCCUGGUUGGAAGCGCCUGAAACGAGACACGGAAUAUACUGAAUUGAACACUCUUGUUUACAAGUGGUUCAUUGGCGCUGAUGUUCGCUUUGGGAGACCUACAGGAGCAAUGAUUCAGGACAAAGCUAAAAUGUUUGCUAUCGAGUUAGGUCUCAAGGAAUUUAAAGGCAGCAAUGGUUGGCUGGGAUCUUUCCUAAAACGAAACCAUAUCGUGCUGAAGACAAAGAGUGGGAACCGCGGUGAGAUAAAGAAUGCUACUGAUACGCAGUGGGAAGAAACGAUAACCACCGUAUGCCAAGGCUACGAGUCUAAAGAUAUCUUUACUAUGGAUGAAAUCGGUCUUUUCUACAAGAACUCCACUAGCGUGACCGGCUUCAAGAAAGGAGAUGCAUGCUCCGAUGGUGAACAUUCAACGGAAAGGAUGACGAUCGCCGUAUGCGCAUCCAUGGCAGGGGAGAAGCUAACACCACUAGUUAUUGGAAAAUCGCCUAAGCCGUUAUACUUUGGGUCUAUUUCUGCUGAUCAACUUCCCGUGCGCUUUGAGGCAAACCGGAAGGCGUGGAUGACAAAUUCACUGAUGGAGGAUUGGUUGAGAACGCUAGACCGGGAGAUGGGUUCUCAGAACCGUAAGAUCCUUCUCUUGCUUGACAAUGCUCCCAUUCAUCCAAACAUCGAACUCACAAAUGUGAAACUGCAAUUUUUCCCUUCUAACACGACUUCAGGGGUGCAGCCAAUGGACUCCGGCAUAAUCCAGACGCUAAAAUUAAAUUAUCGCAGACGACAACUCCAGCAUGUUCUUGAAGAGAUGGAAAAGCAGCCGUCAAAGCCGGGUAUAGAGAUCCUGCGCGACAUCACAAUCCUAGAAGCAAUCUCCUGGAUCUCCGCUGCAUGGUGUGAAAUUAAAGAGAACACUAUAGUCGAAUGUUUCAGACAGUGCAACUUAACAGCAGAGCUAAUCAGCGUUUCAGUGAAAACGGAACAUGUUUUGUGUCCUGUGGUGAAGACUGAGGUCGACCAUGAGGAUGAAAUCCCGUUCAAUUGCCUGUGGCUUUCUCGGGACAUGUUUGACUUGGAUGUCCACGACUUGGUCAAAGUCGAUGACAACCUCGCUACAUGUGACGAUGGCAUGAUCGACUGGGACAGGCCUGCCCCGGAUAUUAUUGAGGAGCUAAAGGCCACGGAGCAGGACACCGCUUGUGAUGAUGAGAGGGAUUUGCCUUCUUCUUCCCAAUCCAUCUCCAUCAGUGAAGUGACCGAGUGUAUUAAAAAGUUGAAGAACUUCGCUCUUGCUAAAAAUAACAAGUUGAUGCUGGAUAAGAUAGUGGGAUUUCAGGACGCUUUCGUGCAAUUUAACAAUAAUGACGAUUCGGAUAAAAAGUUUUAAAAAUAGACAUCUUGAGGCUGUUGUCACGGUAUUAACCUGAAAUUUACAACUUUACUUAAAAUCAAGUCGAUAUCUCGAAUCUUUUGGCGUAACAGUCUUAGAUGGGUACUGACCUAGAUUUCUUUGGAUAAUUAUAUAUUGCUGUAACACUGACUUCCAAAAGAAUUUAGCAGAUAAAUGUUUAUAGAAUGCUAAUAUACAAUCACAGCUAAAUAUCUUUUAAUAACAGAACAAGACUUAAGUUUACACUUUUUGUUAAAAUAAGCAAAACAAAACAAAAGCAAAAAACUCUUUAGAGACAUGCAUUUAGGACUGAACAAAUCUAUGAACGAUUUUAAAAAUGGUAUGUCAUGCUUAAAAUAUUACAUGUAUAUUCAUUCAAAUGAUUAAAUAACCAUCAAAAAGAAGACAACAAAAUAAUUUCGAUGGGUCUAUUUACGCAUUAAAAAUUAGUGUUCUACGUAACGAUAUUAUCCGUCCAUUACGAUUCUUUGUAUGUCAUAAUGUUUAUGUAAAUAUCAGAAUGACGAUAGAUUUAUACUAUAUAUUUUUAAAUAGCAAGAACAGGUAAUAGCAAAUAUAAUCCACCUUAUUUUCCUAUUGCUAUUGUGUACAAAUGGUAUUGCUCGAUGUAACUGACUUCCCAACGCUAAGAUUUAUUUUAGAUUUUUAUUUUAACGUACACUUUUAAAGUAGCGUACUACAAUGUAUGUUUAAUACCUUUUUAAAGUUAACACUGGUGAUACAAGUGUUAUUCAGUAAUUUGUAGUCAUGUUUGGUGUUUGUUGAGUAUGUGUGUGUGUGUGUGUUUUGUCUCGUAAUUUUGUGCAGUCGCACUGUUGGACAAUUAUGUCCUUGCCAUUAAUCAACAUUAAAUGGUUUACGAGUAUUUGGCAAAUUGGCACAAUCAAAACCUUUGUCUAGAUACAAAAUAUAAUGACGAUGUACAGCCAUUACUUGUACUACGAAUUCAUAUAAAAAGUUUUAAAUAUAUCAAAUACUUUUUAUAUGAAGCAUGAUGCAAAACAUGCUGUCCAUAUGUACUGUGUCCGCGAAUUAUAACCAUUACGAAGUGGUUCAGGUAAAGGCGCAAAAGUAUGUUAAGUGUGGAAACGUAGCGGUAACAAAAUUAUACACUAAUUUUUAGAUGUCUAAACAAUCGUUUUGUGCAGGGUAGAUGUGUAUUA